AUGGGAGUAGCUAUGGCAUCGACUGAGUGCGAUAAGACUUUUAACAUCACCGAAGAGGAAGUUUGGGAGUGGCUUUACACCUCAGCAGAGGAGGUCCUUAUUACUGCCGUGAUACCAAUUAUCUCUUGUAUUGGCUUUAUCUGCAAUUCACUGUUUCUACUCGUUAUCUGCUGCAAUCAUACCAUGAGCUCGGCAACUAAUAUUUACUUAGCUCACCUGGCCCUUGCCGAUCUGUCUUUCCUCUGUUUGUCUGCCCUGCAUCAUAUCUUGAGGUACAGCGCUUCACCAUUGUCAUAUGAUCAUUUCUUCAAGAACUCGGCUGAGUGCGUUAUGUUUUUCAUAAUUAUCAACACUGCAUACUUCGGAUCCAUUGCUUUGGUUACCAUGGUGACAGUUGAAAGAUACCUUUCGCUCUGCCACCCUGUGAGACAUCUUGCAAUCCGCAGUCGACAGCGAACCAAUAGAAUAGUUGCAACAUGCUGGCUGGUGGGGUUUGUGCUUUCGGUGCUGACCGUACCACGAAUUGCUGUACAUAACAUUCGUUGCCUACAUUGGCCUUCUGAUAAGGAAACUUACCAAAAACUCCCGUUAACAUAUUCUACUUGUCGUGCUGUCAAGCCAUGGGUAGCUUACUACACAGGACCAUUGCUUAACUUUCCUUGGUUGCUAGCGAUGAUUGCUAGUAGCUACAUGUACGUCCGAAUCAUACAGUUGCUGCACAAGCGCAGAAAUACCAAUAGCACAAUGCAGGCUGCUCGGACAACUAUGCGGAACCAAGUUGCGAAAAUGCUGAUCGUGAACGGUGUGGUAUUUUUCUUUUGCCAGAUACCAUACAGCAUUCUAAGUCUGACUGGAUGGAUUUGCUUGAUAGCCCAGGUUCCCAAUCCGUUAUACGCUGCUUCAAUUGAGAAACAAUUAGAAUGGAUUGCUAUUGUCGCUCAGUUGAUCAACAACAGUGUCAAUCCAGUGAUCUAUGGAGUGAUGAGCCCACAUUACCGAUCUGCAUUCUUAAAACUGUUUAAAUUUCAAUUCAAAAACCAAUGCAGACGGCGCCAAGUUCCAAAAAGCCUGACAACAGACCACAGUACCCAAGAAACAAGAUUGUGA